AUGAUUCGGAAGACGUUGAGUUUCUUGAUGGUCGCUGCAAUUUUCACUUCUCCUGUAUGUGGUCAACCUGGAUUCAUCAGCCUCGAUUGCGGAGGUAUCGAGAAGUACAUAGAUGAUGCUGGAAUACAAUGGAUGCCAGAUGACGCUUACAUCAAUUCUGGACAAAAGCUGAAUAUUUCUAAUAACAAUCCUGGAGGAAAACAAUCAAGGCAAUGGAACACCCUUCGGAGAUUACCUGAGAGAAGGAAAAGUUGUUACCUUUUAACACCUGUGGAGAUUGGAAGAAAAUAUCUACUCCGCGGAACAUUUGUUUAUGGGAACUAUGACAAUCUCAACUCACCUCCCCAGUUUGAUCUCCUUUUGGACGCCGACAUUUGGGACGGCUUCUCAUUUGAUGAUUCAACCACAUAUGCUGUUCAGAAGGAAAUCAUUUUCAUGGCCAAUUUCGAUCCUACCCAGGUUUGCCUUGCCCGAGUCAAUGAAAGUAAUGGAUUACCCAUUAUUUCUUCUUUGGAACUGCGACCUCUUAAUCAGAGCAUGUAUUGGCCUGUCAACCAAGCUAGCUCACUUUUAAGGCUGGAGUACUCCGAUUUGGGAGCGCAAGAUCUUGACAAGGACAUCAGAUAUCCAGACGAUCCUUUCGAUAGACUCUGGUUUCCUAGUGUAGUAGACUUCCCAAAUAUUACAAGUGAAAAGAAAGUAUCUAUGGGAGUGGCUUAUGAACAACCUCCAUCUCUUAUCAUGCAAACAGCGGAAACAAGUUACCCUAGCUCCCCCACAACAAUGGAUCUGCCCUCUCGAAGGAGUUCUCGAUCUGGGAACCUUUACAUAUCAAUGUAUUUUGCAGAAUUGCAGGCUGGUUUGAAUGCAGCGAACAUUCGAGAAUUUGACUUUUUUCUGGAUAAUAAGAAGCUGAAUAAUGCUCCUAUACGACCUAUAUAUCUCCAGUCAUCAAACAUAUCUAUCCUCAUACCUUACGGUAAAACUGAUACUGAGGCAUUUCGCCUGCAAGCAACAAACCGUUCCACUUUAUCUCCAAUAACCAGUGCUUUGGAGACAUGUCGCCAAAAGACUCAACGUCCACAAGGAACAUUUACAACAGAUGGUAUGUAA